AUGUAUCGUACGGUACUGGCGUUAUCAGCAAUUGGAUUGUUGCUUGCCGCUGCAGAGAUUAAGAAGCGGAAGCGAAAAAUCAGGAGAAACCGCACUAAAUGGUUUCACAUGUUGAAGGAACUCAUCACUCCACUCAUCCAGAGGCAAAACACAAAUUACCGGGAUUGUAUCUCCGUGGGGGAACGUCUGAUGGUUACGCUGCGUUUUUUGGCAACAGGGGAAAGCUUCAAGAGCCUUUCCUACCAGUUCCGAAUGGGAGUGUCAACGAUACGGCAAUUCGUUCCUGAGACCUGUACAGCCAUCUACGAGGUUUUAAAAGAGAAAUACCUGAAGUGCCCAGACACAGUGGAAGAGUGGCAGCAAGUAGCUGAUGGAUUCCAGGCUCAGUGGAACUUCCCAAACUGCCUAGGUGCCCUGGAUGGGAAACACAUCAACAUCCGCCCCCCUCCAGGAACUGGAUCAACAUACUACAACUACAAACAUACAUUUUCCAUAGUGCUAAUGGCACUGGUCGACAGCAACUACAAGUUCUUGUAUGUAGAUGUAGGUUGUAAUGGGAGGAUUUCAGAUGGUGGUGUGUUUGGUGGUUGCUCACUGCAGGAUGCCCUGGAGAAUAGGACAGCCAACAUCCCUGCACCUGCACCACUUCCUGCUUCUGACCAGGCGGUUUGUUACUCCAUUGUGGCAGAUGAGGCAUUUCCCCUGAAGGAGCUCCUGAUGAAGCCCUAUCCGAACCGCAGGCUAGCUGUAGAGCAACGCAUCUUCAACUACAGGCUGUCGCGGGCUCGGAGGGUGGUAGAAAAUGCCUUUGGCAUCCAAGCUAACCGUUUUCGGGUCUUUCUCACCACCAUAAACAUUCAAGACACUGCCAAAGUGGAGGCCAUUGUUUUGGCUUGCUGUGGUCUGCACAACUUCCUGCUCACAGAGAACUGUAGCGCAUACAUGGCGGGAGUUGUUGACCAGGAAGGACCCGAUCAUGGCACUGUCCCAGGAAGAUGGAGACAAGACCCUGAACUAUGGCAGGCCACCCUGCCACACACCACCAAUAAUCCAGCUCGAGCCAAGCAGCACAGGGAUGAACUAUGCCAAUAUUUUAACGGUGUCGGUGCAGUGCCUUUUCAGUGGGAUAAGAUAUAGCAAAUAUGUCU